GUUUAGUUUGAACAAACAUUUAUUUUCAAAUUCUUCAGUAGUGUACCUAAUAAAUUAAAUAAAAUCUUAUAGUUUUCAAAAUGUCCGAUAGUGCAGAAAUUUGUCCUCAAACUGUUGAGAGUGCUGAAUUAAUUCUAAAAAAUAUCUCAAUUUUGGGUGAACUUUCUCACUUAUUAAAAAAGACAAGGAAUGGUGAAAAUUCAAUCAAUUCGCUUAACAAUUUAGUAUACCAGGCUGGUAAAGACAUUUCAUCUAUUCACAAGAGUGUAAACACUGUGAUUGCUAUAGCAGAAAAGCUAGUACAUCUGUCUUUGCAAAUGGUUCCUACAAACAAUCCAAAUUAUAAAUCACUCAAAAGGGAAGCAGAUAGUCUACUUAAUGUGUUGUGUGACAUUAAAGACAAAGAGGAAGAAAGGCAUGAAAUGAUGUGGAAAGGACAGGAGAAAUGUAAAGGAAAUUUUAAAUGUAAUGAUGAUAAGUACCCAGAAAGAUGUUCAAGGGAAUCUCUCUUGGAUAUCAGCAAUGUUGUAAAUUUACCAACAGUUCCUGAAGAUGCUUUUGCUAGUUUUCAAAGACCAAAUAGAACAUUAAGUUCAUGCUCAUUGAAAAACUUAAGAAAAGUACAACUUUGCCUACAAAAAGCUACUUGCUCUGACAUGGAAGAAGAGUUUGAUCACACAGAUUCAAACAUUAGCUCUCCUAAGUUUGUGUUUCAGAAAGAUUUGGCGCAUGUGCAUGCCAUCACACAAACAUCAGGUAACUCAAACCUGAUGUCAACGAGCAGAGAUGCUUGUACAGCGACUGAAUAAGCUUGGAAGAUUAAAAAAUAAUGAAUAAAGAUAAAAUAGUACAA